AGGGCUUAGUGCGAUUUUGGUCUCUUCCUGUUGUUUUUCGCGAUUCUCUGCAUAAUUUUGUGGUUGGUGUGAGAAUCUUGGAAUUGGGAAUGGAGUCUCCGAUCAAAUGUUGCGACUGUGGAUGCGAUUGUUGUUCUUCCUCAGGUUCAUGGAUUCGAUCUGUGAAGAAGAGAAGACACGAUGAAUUACAGACCGAGAAACGCUUCUCCAUACCGGAGCUGGAUGACCUAGACAUGUUCUCUAAUCCUAGAGUCCAAAUCGAGAACGAAUGUGAAUUACUACGCGAGACUGUUAGCAAUCAACAGCAGACGAUUCAGGAUUUGUAUCAUGAGCUCGAGGAAGAGCGUAUUGCUUCAUCAACAGCUGUAGAUGAAGCACUGAAUCUGAUUGGGAAGUUGCAGAAGGAAAAGACUGAUAUGCUGAUGGAACUGACACAGCUUCAGCGUUGUGUUAAGGACAGAUUGACUUAUGAAAACGCAGAGAUUGAGGCAUUGGAAGCUGUGGUUUAUCAAAGGGAUCAGACGAUUCAGGCUCUUACAUUUGAAACUCAGGCUUAUAAGCACAGAAUGAUGAGUUUUGGGCUAACCGAGGCAGAAGCUGAUGGUGAGAGGAGCUUGCUUAGUCGUAACCCGAGCAUGGUCGACAUUAAUUCUGAAUAUGAUUUCCCUAUACAUGAUUACCCUUCUCUAAAGUGCAAUAUUAAUGAGAACCAAGAUCCUCUUGAGGCUGAUAUCUAUGUUGCAGAUGAUGAAAACUACCCACCAGCUGAUUCCCCUCAUGGACGAGAACAUUUAAAGACUUUGGAUCGAAGACUCAGCCAGAUGGAGACAUAUCCUAGCUUUACUCAGUUGAAUGGCGAUUCCCCGAGAGCUAGAGGGAGGGAUGUUUCAGAGAAGGUGAUGGUUGGUCAGAGUCCUAGGCGUCAAAGACAUUUUAGGAGGAUUUCCCCUACUGGUUCAAGUUCACACUUGGGAGCAUCUAAAGAACUAAGACCUGAUGUUUUUGUUGAUUUCCCGAGGUCCGCAAGCUACAGCUCUAAGAAAAUGGAAGAUGUCUCAUAUACGGAGAAUAAUAAUGCUAAAGACGACUCAUCGGAAAUAGGAGAUGACAUGAGUGAUAGAGUUUAUACCAUUGAUUCUGUCCAUCACAGCAGUGUGUCUCAUAGUGGUGGUGUAACUGAGCAGAAGCUUGAGGAUGGCACUUCUGAUGGCAAUGUGGUUUUCCCGAGAGAACACACGGAUCUUGGUGAUCCUGAUAUAACAAAACUCUACAUGAGGCUUCAAGCACUGGAGGCUGACAGGGAAUCAAUGAAACAUGCGCUUCUCUCUAUGAGGACUGAAAAGGCUCAAAUGGUACUGUUGAAAGAAAUUGCUCAACAUUUGUCAAAGGAAGUUGUCCCUCAACGGAGAUUGCCUCUACGUAAAGCAUCAAUUGCUGGAUCAUUGACUUUCACGCCGGUCUUUAAGUGGAUCACAUCUUUUGUUUCCUGGAAAAGAAAGGCUCGUCGAAGCAAAUACAUGUUUGGAAUGUCAGGAAACAACAUCGGCUUGCAAAUGCUUCUAGAAAAAGUCCCUCGGUCACGAAAAUGGCGAUGUCUUAGGAGCACGCAAGUGUGAAACAGAUCAAACCAUUUCAAGCAAACAAAAUCACUCUCCUGACUCUAGAAUUCGAAGCACAUAAUGUCAAAUACUGAUGGAUUGGAUUGCGAGGUAACAUUUGUGUGGCUUUCUUCAACUUGAAUUGGAUUCUCGUUCUUGGGUUGCAGAAAAAAUGUAUGUGAUGUGCACUUUUCAAUUGGUUUUCCCCAAUAUUUCAACUGUUGUAUAAAAGAAUUGGGUUGAA